UGGAAGCAGCAUGGAAAAACAGAAAAAAAUUAAAAAGCCUAAAUCUAAAGAAACAAGUGAUGUAUUCUCCCUUAAGAAUGUCACAGAUCUUGGCGGAAAUAAGUUGGACUAUCAGCUCUGUGAAAAUAUAGAUGAUGACACUGAAGUAUAUGACAAUACCACAGAUGCCUUUGAAACUGAACCAAUACAUAGGUCUGAGAUAGCAGAAUUGAUUAAUGAGUUGGGCUUGGCCAAAUACAGACCAGAAAAGGAUGAAAUACCUGAGAAGAAAGAAAAGAUUAAGUUGGCAGAGAGACCAUUGACAGAUGAGGAAAGACAACAGGACCAGGAAGAACAGGAUAAAAAGCAUGCUGAAUCAUUAGGCAAGAAAAAGAAGGAAACCAAGAACAAAUUCAAGAAGAAAGCUGCUGAACAUGUUGAUGCAGAUGAUGAAUCCAUACAGCAUGAUGAGGUGUCCAGUACUACACAUACACAUGGCCUUGUCCUGGCUGGGGCCAAAGUGUACUCUGAUAGGCACAUUCCUAGAAAGUAUACGCUUGUCAAGCAGGGAGACUGGCUUGAAAAUCUGAACCCAUCAGAUCCCAAGUCUUUCCCAAAACUGCCCGUUUAUGUCGUGACAGAACUAGAGAAGUUUGCUGUAAGGUUACUAGCGGAGGAAGUCAACCUCUACUCUAAAGGUAAAGAGAAAGAGAAGCGGAGUGACACAAGGUGGAUGAAGACAGUUGCCUCUUCUGGAACACUGACUGAUAAACUUGCUGCAUUGACUGUGUUGUUUCAAGACUCCCCUGUUCAUAACCUGGCAAGUCUGGACAAGCUUAUCUCCAUGGUGAACAUGAAAGGCAAACGUGAAUGUUUGCUAGCAGUAGAUACCCUAAAAGAAGUGUUUAUCAAUGAUUUACUACCAGAAGACCGUAAGCUACAUACAUUUGACCAGCACCCCCUAAGCCUUUUAGAAGAUCUCUCCAGUGGCAAUAGGGAUUCCAGAGAUAGGAGACUACUUAUGUGGUACUUUGAAGCUCAGCUUAAAGACAAAUAUUCAACAUUUGUUCAUGCACUGGAGUCCAUUUCCCAUGAUACAAUUUCUGCUACCAAGAAGAAGGCGAUUGGUACAAUGUUCGAGUUACUAUCUUCAAACCCAGAACAAGAAAAGAUUCUAUUGUCUAUGCUAGUCAACAAACUUGGUGACCCUGACAGAAAACUGGCCUCACAGGCUGCCCAUUUCCUUACUAAACUAGUUGCUAAGCAUCCAAACAUGACGUUUGUUGUGGUCCUUGAUGUUGAGAGACUACUCUACAGACCUAACAUCUCUGUGAAGGCACAGUACUAUGCGAUAUGUUUCCUGAACCAGUUAAUAUUGAGUGAAGAUGACAAGGAGCUAGCAGCAAGACUUAUAAAAGUCUAUUUCUCGUUCUUCAAGUAUUUUGUAAAGAAGGGUGAGGUCGAUGGCAAGAUGCUGAGCUCACUAUUGACUGGGGUUAAUAGGGCCUACCCCUAUGCCAAAGGUGGCAAGUUGAACAUAGAUGAGGAACUGAACACACUGUACAAGGUUGUCCACAUAGUGAACUUUAACACCAGUAUACAGGCCCUUAUGUUACUCUACCAGGUUAUGGACUCCAACGAGGCCAUAUCAGACCGUUAUUAUACAGCUCUCUACAGGAAGUUGAUAGACCCAGGACUGAAGAACUCUUCAAAGCAGCCAAUGUUCCUCAACUUGCUCUAUAAGAGUCUAAAGAAGGAUAUUUCAGAGAAGCGAUUAGUGGCAUUUAUCAAGCGCUUGCUGCAAGUGUGUGCAAUCCAGACCCCAUCAUUCAUAUGUGGGGCAUUACUUCUACUCUCUGAGGUGCUAACCAGCAAGAAAGGCAUAGUCUCUGUUGAACAAGUGGGGGAGGAGUCUGACGAGGAAGAACAUUUCCAUGAUGCUCCAGAUGACACUAAAUACAACAGUGAUAGUGAUGAUGAUGUCAAACCUGACAUCAAACCUGACAUCACUGGGGGUGUCAGUCAACAUACACCUUCAUGGGUACACAGAAAUAAUUAUGCAGGUGGUGUGAAGAAGGUGAUUGAGCACUAUGACCCUUACCAUAGGAAUCCCUUGUACAGCCUUGCAGACAGAGAAUGUAUUUGGGAACUGGAGAAAUUGGAGACUCAUUUCCACCCAUCUGUGGCCAUGUUUGCCCAGGCAGUCAUGAAGGGAGAAUCUAUCCAAUACACCAGUGACCCUCUACAGGAUUUUACGCUCAUUAAGUUCCUUGACAGAUUUGUCUAUAGAAAUCCUAAGAAGAAAUUAGCAGACUCUGUUAGUGUUAUGAGACGUAAGGAGAUAGAUGUUAAAGGAGUUAAAGCUCUGGCAGUGAACAGUGAUAAAUUCCUGGAGACCACAGAGGAAAAAAUACCAGUUGAUGAGAAAUUCUUUCACAGGUACUUUAGUCAAGUUGCUGCUAAGAAGAAGUCCAAGAAGGCAGAUGAUGAGGACAGUGAUGCUGGCAGUAUCAGUGACGACGAGUUUGAUGAAUAUCUAGGGAAUCUAGAACAGAAUGUUGAUGAGAGAGGGGACAUGCUUGGUGAUCUAGGAUAUGAUUUUGCAAGUGAUAUGGGUAAAAAGCAGAAUAAAAAGAAGAGUAAAGCUAAUGAGAGCAGUGAUGAAGAUGACGACGAGAUUGAUGAAGAUGAUGCCUCUGACCUUGAAGAUGAUGAUUUAUCAGAGGAGGAACCUGACUUUGGAGAUGGUGACUUUGGAGAUGCAUUUGCCUCAGAUGCUAGUGAUGAGGAUGGCAAAAAUGAUGUUGAAUUUGAUGAGGAAGAUGUUGCCUUUUCCGAUGAUGAUGAUGAGCUCGGAGAGGUUGACUUUAGCAAGGACAAGAAAGCAAAGAAGAGAUCUCAAGAAGGCCCCUUAGAAUCAAUGAGAGGGAAGAAAAGAAAAAGUGAUGGGGCUGGACUAUUUGCUGCUGCGGAGGAAUUCGCAGAUAUGAUGGAUGAUAAUGCUGGUGCCAAGUUUGACAUGGGAGGUGGAGAUGCCAUGUCCAAUAAAGACAAUGCCAGUGCUAAGCAACUGAAGUGGGAGCUAGAGAGAGACAGGAAAAUGAGGGGAGCUGAUUGGAGGCAGAAGAAAAGAUCCAAGAAACCAUUCAGACCUGGACAGAAAAAACAACAGAAAGGAAAGCGAAGAUGAUCUGAACUUGUCAAAUAAUUGGUGGUAGUUUCAAUGUAGUUCUUUGGUGUUCUGUUCAUAUGGAUAAAGGACUUGAUUUUUGAAAGCUUGAAUUUAGAAACUAUUUUGCAUGUUUCUACUUGAAGCCUUUGGAUUAUGUUAUAAAUAUGAAAGUGCAAUUGUGUUCAGGACUUGGAGUGUCUUAAUUAUUUAGCCUUUGGGACAGUACAUGUUUAAAAUGUACAUUGUAUUGGAUAUAAUGACUAGGCCUAAAUAACAUUUUUAGUCUAGAAUGUUUCCUGAACAUGCCAUGAAUUUUAUCAAUUGAUCUUUUAUUGAUCUGUGAUCAAUAUAUUGCAUGAGAUAUACUGUAUGAUGUACAGAAAUCCAGACCAGUGUUUCAAAUUUCACAGCAUGGUUAAUAUGGGUUUAUAUGUGUAACCCAAGUUGUAAGUUGAUAUAAAUACUAUUGAAGCGGUAAUAUGUCCUCCAGUGCAUGUGUAUUGCAUUGAUUUAAAUAAUUCUUACACACUACCCUACCCCCAUACUGUAGCC